GAAGAUUCAAAACGAAGAUGGCGGCUGAAAAUGAUCUCCACAGUAAUCACAAACUGGACAGAAGGGGGACAAAAUGCAGUUUGUUUAUCAGCCAGGAAAAGCCAAACACGAGCCAGCCUGUCAUCUUUAACCCAGACUUCUUUGUGGAGAGGCUGCGGCACGAACAUCCGCAAGCCUUCGCCGAUUUGGUACUCAGCAAUAUCACUCGACUCAUAGACCUUCCCGGGGAUGAGUUUGCCCAGCUCACCGGAGAGUCGGAGGCUAAGGUGCCCUCCGCCUCUGGCUUUCUCCGCUCCUUCAACUUCCUGAAACGGAAAGAAAAAGGGGUGGUUUUUGGUGCGCCAUUAACUGAAGAAGGAAUAGCACAGAUCUAUCAGCUCAUUGAAUACCUGAGUAAAAACCUUCAUGUGGAGGGGUUGUUCCGUGUGCCAGGGCACAGCCUAAGGCAGGCAGCCCUGAGGGAGAUGCUGAAUGCAGGGGCGGAGAUAGAUCUGGAGACAGGCGACUUCCACCCCAAUGAUGCAGCCACAUUGCUCAAAGCGUACCUGGGAGAGCUGCCGGAGCCUCUGCUCACGCACAGACACUAUCAUGCUCACCUGAAGAUUGGAGCGCUGACUCGCUUCGAUGAUAAGGGGGAUAAGACGAGUGUGCCAGACAAAGAACGCCAGAUUGAGGCGUAUCAGCUGCUAUUCAUGCUGCUCCCGCCAGCCAACCGCAGCCUGUUGAAGCUGCUGCUUAACCUGCUGUACCACACUGCUCGAAAUCAGCACAUUAACAAGAUGUCUGCAAUCAAUCUAGCCACAAUGUUUGCUCCACACAUCAUCUGGCCCAAAAAUGUGAUGGCAAGUGAUCUGCAGGGACACAUUGAGCAGCUGAAUAAUGGCAUAGCAUUCCUCAUCAGGCACUCACAAAAGCUGUUCAAGGCGCCUACAUACAUCAAAGAAUACACCCGCUUAUACUUCACAGGAUCCAAAACUCUUCAAUCAAAGGAUGACUUGACGCUGUGUUCUGGGAGUAAAGAUGGUUCCACGUUUGCAGUAACAGUUGCAUCCCCUUCUUCCUCCAUGAGAACAAUUGAGGGUGAGGUCAGCAGCACCUCCACCACCAUGUUGUCAGAGACUCAGAGUUACACUGAAUCUGCCCUCAGAGAGCUGUACCAGCAGGUCAACAACAUGCCUGAGUCUGCCAAAAAGAAGAAACUCAUCAGACAGUUUGAUAAGCAGCUGCAGACACCUUCCUCAGACUCGCGGGCACCAUUCAGCAGGAAACACUGGCGUUCGCGCUCUUUGGGUGGAAUAAUCAAGAAGAAGGUGUUGGGAGGCCAAGCACUAACAGAGAAAGAAAACAGCAGACUGGAGAGUCCCCUACCCUGCAAUCACUUAAUGAGCAGCAAAGAGACACCAACUGUGGAGCCAGAGCUGAAUGGGAAUAACCUCACACGCAUCACCAAGAGCGACUUCGCUGGACUCAAGUACAUCCGAGUUCUGCAGCUGAUGGAGAAUCAGAUUACCGUGAUUGAGCGUGGUGCUUUUGAUGACAUGAAGGAGCUGGAGCGACUGCGGCUGAACCGUAAUCAACUGCAGCAGCUUCAUGAGUUGCUGUUUCAGAAGAACCCUGCCCUGUCUCGACUAGAUCUGAGUGAGAACUUCAUCCAGUCCAUCCCCAGAAAAGCAUUCAGAGGAGCUACGGACAUCAAAAACCUUCAGCUGGAUAAAAACCACAUUGGCUGCAUUGAGGACGGAGCCUUCAGAGCUCUGAGAGGCUUGGAAGUACUAACGCUGAACAACAACAACAUCAGCAGCAUCCCCGUCUCCAGCUUCAACCACAUGCCCAAGCUGCGAACCUUCCGGCUCCAUUCCAACAAUCUGAACUGUGACUGUCACCUGGCGUGGUUGGCUCAGUGGCUCAGACAGAGGCCUACAAUUGGUCUAUUCACACAAUGUACCGCCCCCUCUGAGCUCAGAGGACUCAAUGUGGCGGAGGUACAGAAACAUGAAUUCAGCUGCUCAGGUCACCAAGAGUCUUCCAGCCCUCAGCCAUGCAGUAUCGGUGGAGGCUCCUGUCCCGCCAUGUGUACCUGCAGCAACAACAUCGUGGACUGCAGAGGGAAAGGUCUCACCGCCAUCCCAGCCAACCUGCCCGACACCAUGGCGGAGAUACGUCUGGAGCAGAAUGGGAUUAAGUCUGUUCCUCCUGGAGCCUUCUCUCCCUACAAGAAGCUGCGUAGGAUAGACCUGAGCAACAACCAGAUCUCAGAGAUAGCUCCUGAUGCCUUCCAGGGCCUGCGCUCCCUCAACUCCCUCGUGCUGUAUGGAAAUAAGAUCACUGACCUGCCCAAGGGGGUGUUUGACGGCCUCUACGCCCUGCAACUGCUGUUGCUGAAUGCCAAUAAGAUUCACUGCGUUCGUGCCAACGCCUUCCAGGACCUGCAGAAUCUCUCACUGCUAUCGCUCUACGACAACAAGAUCCAAACCCUUGCCAAGGGCACCUUCACUUCGCUACGAGCUAUACAGACCCUUCACCUGGCUCAGAACCCCUUUAUUUGUGACUGUAACUUGAAGUGGCUGGCAGACUACCUACGCUCCAACCCCAUUGAGACCAGCGGUGCCCGCUGUGCCAGCCCUCGUCGACUGGCAAACAAACGUAUUGGACAGAUCAAGAGCAAGAAAUUCCGGUGCUCUGCCAAAGAGCAGUACUUCAUCCCAGGUACAGAGGACACCCGUCUGAAUAAUGCAUGUAACAGUGAUCCAGUGUGUCCUCCCAAGUGUCGUUGUGAGUCAAACGUAGUGGACUGCUCCAACCUGAAGCUCACCAAGAUCCCUGAGCAUAUCCCUGCAUCCACUACUGAACUCCGCCUUAACAACAAUGACAUCACCAAUCUGGAGGCAACUGGAGUUUUUAAGAGCCUUUCCCAGCUGAAGAAAAUUAACCUCAGCAACAACAAGAUCACAGAGAUUGAAGAUGGGACAUUUGAAGGUGCGUCAUCCGUUAAUGAGCUUCACCUCACGGCCAAUCAGAUCGACUCAGUUCGGAGCGGGAUGUUCCGUGGCCUCGAGGGUCUGCGUAUGCUGAUGCUGAGAAACAACAAGAUCAGCUGUGUCCACAACGACAGCUUCACAGGGCUGCACAACGUCCGGCUGCUGUCUCUGUACGACAACCAGCUGACCACAAUCACUCCCGGAGCCUUCGACACUCUGCAGACUCUCUCUACCCUUAACCUGCUGGCCAACUCCUUUAACUGUGACUGCCGGCUGGCCUGGCUUGGUGAUUGGCUGCGAAGUAGAAAGAUCGUGACAGGUAACCCUCGCUGCCAGCGCCCUGCCUUCCUUAAGGAGAUCCCUCUGCAGGACGUGGCUCUGCCUGACUUCCGCUGUGAGGAUGGCCAAGAGGAGCAGUCGAGCUGUGUGCCCAGACCCCAGUGUCCCAGUGAAUGUACUUGCCUGGAAACUGUGGUGCGCUGCAGUAACAAGCACCUCCACACACUGCCCAAAGGCAUCCCCAGAAAUGUGACUGAACUGUAUCUGGAUGGAAACCAGUUCAGUGUUGUGCCAAAGGAACUGUCCACCUUCAAAUACCUGCAGCUGGUAGACCUGAGCAACAACAAGAUCAGCUCUCUGACCAACUCGUCCUUCGCUAACAUGAGCCAGCUCACCACUCUAAUCCUGAGCUACAACUCCCUGCGUUGUAUCCCCAAAAUGGCCUUCAAUGGACUGCAUUCUCUCCGACUGCUGUCUCUCCAUGGCAACGAAAUCUCAGAGCUUCCUGAUGGCAUCUUCAACGAUGUGGCCUCACUCUCCCACUUGGCAAUUGGUGCCAACCCUUUACAUUGUGACUGUCGUCUGCGCUGGCUGUCUGACUGGGUGAAGACCAGCUACAAAGAGCCUGGCAUCGCCCGCUGUGCUAGUCCACAGGGCAUGGAGGGCAAACUGCUGCUUACCACACCUGCUAAGAAGUUCGAAUGCACAGGUGAUGUGGACACCACAGUCCUGGCCAAGUGUAACCCCUGUCUGUCCAGUCCUUGUCUGAACCAAGGCAUCUGUCACAGUGACGUGGCAGAGAUGUACAGAUGCAGCUGUCCACCAGGAUUCAAGGGCAAGAACUGUGAGAAAGCUCUGAAUGCUUGUGUGAGUAACCCAUGUGCCAACGGAGGAACCUGCCAAGCAAAUGAGGUUGUGGAGGGAGAAUACAGUUGCACAUGUCCACUGGGCUUUGAGGGCCCUACUUGCCAAACAAACAUUGACGACUGCGAAGACAACGAUUGUGAGAACGGAGCGACCUGCCUCGAUGGAGUCAACAACUACACUUGUUUUUGUCCCCCCUACUACACAGGGGACAUGUGCGAAGAAAUGGAGGAUGUGUGUGCCCCAGGACGGAGCCCCUGCCAACAUCAGUCUACCUGCCUCAUCACCUCUACUGGACCCAAAUGUGUGUGCUCUCCUGGUUAUGUUGGUGACGACUGCAGUGUAGACUAUAACGACUGUGAGGAGCAUCGCUGUCAGAACGGAGCCCAGUGUGUGGAUGAGCUAAAUGGAUACUCCUGCGUCUGUCCUGAGGGAUACAAUGGUCAGUUGUGUGAGGUUCCCCCAUCUCCACUGUCCCUGUGUGAGCUGGCCGACUGCCAGAACAAUGCCCCGUGUGUGGAGCGAGGCGGGCGGGCCCUCUGCCAGUGUCCCCCAGAGUUUGGGGGGCCACGCUGCGAGAAGCUGGUCAGCGUCAACUUCAUUGACAGAGACUCCUACCUGCUGCUCUCUGACCUCAAGAACUGGCCACAAGCUAAUAUUACCUUACAGGUGUCAACAGCUGAGGAUAAUGGUAUCCUGCUGUACAAUGGAGAAGAUGAUCAUAUUGCAGUGGAGCUCUACCAAGGUCAUGUCAAGGUCAGCUAUGACCCCGGCAGCCAGCCAGGACACGCCAUUUAUAGCACUGAGACUAUCAACGAUGGCCAGUUUCACACAGUGGAGCUGGUGACCUUUGAUCAGAUGGUGAACCUGUCCAUUGACGGGGGUCUCCCUACCACAAUGGACAGCUUUGGGGCGGUGCGGCCCCUCAACGGGGAGGCUCCACUAUACGUGGGGGGCAUGCCAGUGGAUGUACAUUCAGGUGCUUUCCGUCUCUGGCAGCUCCAGAAUGGUUCCAGUUUUCACGGCUGUAUCCAGAAUCUGUACAUCAACAAUGAGCUCCAGGACUUCACCAAGACCCAGAUGAAGCCUGGCGUGGUACCGGGCUGUGAGCCCUGCAAAAAGAUCUACUGUGUACAUGGCAUCUGCCAGCCUGAUGGGGUCCAGGGACCAGUGUGCCACUGCCAGCCAGGCUGGAGCGGCCCACACUGCGACCAGCCUGCUACCAACCCUUGCCAGGGCAGCAAGUGCGUCCAUGGAAAGUGCAUCCCAUUGGACACUCAGUCAUACCGCUGUGAGUGUUCGGAGGGUUACCGCGGAGCCUUGUGUAACCAACAGGGUGAGCUGUUUAACCCCUGCCGCCGCCUGUCCUGCAAACACGGUCGCUGCCAGAUCUCAGACACAGGAGAUGCUUACUGUCACUGUGAAAGUGGUUACACUGGAGAACUUUGUGACACAGAGUCUGAAUGUCGAGGGGAACCUGUGCGAGACUUCUACCAGGUACAGCGAGGCUAUGCAAUCUGCCAGACCACACGCAUGGUCUCUUGGGUGGAGUGCACCGGAGCUUGUGACACGGGGGCCUGCUGCGCCAGUCAGCGAAUGAAACGCCGGAAAUACACCUUUGAAUGCAGUGAUGGAACUUCCUUCAGCGAGGAAGUUGAAAAGACCAUCAAGUGUGGCUGCGUGGGCUGCAUGUAGCACCAUUCGCUCACAUUUCCUGCCGCUGCCGCUAAGCAGAAGAUAGAAAGUAAGGAAGAAAGAAAGAGAGAGGACUGGAGGAAAGCAAGCGAGGGAGGGAAAGCGAGAGAGAGUAUAAAGAAUAUAUAUAAAACCUCUAUCUAUAUAUUAUGGACAACAAUGUUUGUAAAAUAGGACAUUUCCUCCCCUUCCAAGGGUGUGUGACCUACAGUAACACAGAGAAACCAACAUCAUGAGCAACAAUGUAGAAGUGACAACAACGGCAACAGAACCAUUGUAUCUGCAACAUUGUUCCAAGGGGUCCAGAGAUUUCAAAGGUGUUGCAUUCAGAGUGAGGCAUCCCUCCAACCCAAAUUACCCAGUGUGAUAUCCCCCAUCCAUCCGUGAGGCCUCUGACAGCCUAGCCACCAUCUACCAUCUUUACUUUGUGGAGGCAGAGAGGACAGUGGGGUCCAGCCUGGCUAAGAAUGGCAGAAGAGAGGCAGAGACUGACAAAAAGAGAGAAACACAGGGAUGAGAAAAGAGCUGGACCGUUUGACUUGGCAAAGCUAUCUUGAGUUGAGCUUGGCUGGGGCACCUGGACUGGGCUGCAUAUGGUUUGGGUUGAGUUAAAGUUGUUGUUGGUUUGGUGUAGCAGUUUCUCUGCCAGGAUACAGUCAUCCAUCCACACAUGCACAUGUAGAAGAGAACAAAGAAACGGUAGGGUUAGAGUGGCACAUAAUCCAGUGCGGACGUCAUGGUUUCGAGGCCAGGUGGUCUGGCGUCACAGUUGUUUGCUGUGAGGUACCGUAACAUAGAAACUCCAUAAAAUAGAGACUGCACUGACUAGCAGCACUGAAAAUGACAGUUGUACAUCUCUCCCAAGUACAUGAUCACACAUGCAUGGUAUACAUACAUUUACACAGUCUUAACACCUGUAAAAGUGAAGAGGCUUGUGUGAUGCAACUAUAUUCUGUUCGUACAGCAAACCAAUCUGGUGCUGGCAAUGCCCAGUGCCUAUCAAUCCCCCAGCAUGCAUUGCCUCAGGGUUAGGACGAUUUGCAUAAUCCCACCCCCUUUGAGCAGGGGGCUGUUUAGCCCUGCUCCUCUUGAUGCCUGCAGUAUUAAACUUGUGCAAACUGUUGCAUGUGUGGAGAAGAGUUUGCCAACAAAUAUGUAGAGCUUCUUAAUAUCAUUAUAAAUGUUAUUACAAAACAAAAGGUUGCAGAAUCAGCUUCUGAUUUUUGUUUUGUUCUGUCUAAUUUCUCAUAUUGAUUUGUUUUUAUUUUUGUUAAAUUUUGUCUCAUGAUGUAACCUAACUCCUUUAGCUGCCCCCCAACCUUCCCCCAACAACUCUUUAUAUAGAAAUGCCUAACAGAUUCUAAUAUAUAUAUAUUUGUAUUUCAUUUUGGUAUAGUAUUUUUCUAUGUUAAGGAGUAAGUCUGUUUCUGGAAGCUUUGGGACUGGUGGAAAGGCAAUCGGUUGGUUCCCUAGGUGUUUUUAUUUGUUGAUCUUACUUGUUCCAACAAGGUAAUUAAUUACGUUAAUUGGCCAAAAAUACAGCAGCUGGUUGGCCUUGUUGUAUAGGAGACAGUAUUGGUCUGGAAUAUGUUUAAUAUUGUAUAUGUUGUCUUCCAUGUGAAUAUUACAUCUAAUUCAUGAGA